UUUGCGGAGAAACACAGGAAACACCCAUUGACUAUUUUUAAAAGGGAAUAUCUAGUCCCUCGCUAAUAAAGUCGUAUUAAAAUACAAAGUUAUUACAGGAAUAGAUUCACCAAACAAGCAGUCAAACACAUUUCGUUAAUUUUGCAAAAACAAAGAUGCUGAUUAAAGUGAAGACACUCACUGGAAAGGAGAUAGAGAUUGACAUAGAGCCCACAGAUAAGGUGGAGCGGAUCAAAGAGAGAGUGGAGGAGAAGGAAGGGAUUCCUCCCCAGCAGCAGAGGUUGAUCUACAGUGGGAAACAAAUGAAUGACGAGAAAACAGCGGCAGACUAUAAAAUCCAGGGAGGCUCCGUUCUCCAUUUGGUACUAGCUCUGCGAGGAGGACAGCUGCUCCACUCACCCAUAAGCCUCCAAUCCAAACUGGCGUUGUAGCCGUUACUAUAGAACACCUCUUAGCUUUUGCAAUGCCUACACCAAUGAGGUUACAUGAACGACACAUUGCCAACGGUUGCAGAGUCCCCUGGUGGUGCUGUAGGCAUUACAUUGUAGGCAACACAGAGCAGUAGGUAAAGAGAUAAGUUCUGCUUGUGGCAGCCUCAUAAAUGUGUGGUCCGCAAACCUCUCACCAACUGUUAUAGCUAGACACUCAAUAUUGAAGCUGAAAAAGGAGAAAUACAUUAAAAAUUAAACAAAAUAUAUAUAUUCAUUUUGACAUUUUGGCGUUAGUUUUGAGUAUUGUUUUAAAGGUUUCCAUUGACAGUGCAAGUAGAAACUGACAAAAGCCUUGAUAGAAACAUCCACAUCCAUCUUAUAUUAUGACACAGGACACUGAAAAGGUGACACCCCAAUCCCUCUCCAUGCCCCAAAAUGAAUAUGUUAAUGUACCUAAAAUGUCAAAAAUAUUCUUUUUAUGGGAAAUAAGGACAGGACAUGUUUAUAUUGCUUCUCCUGCCAGUUUCUCUUGAUUAUGUACCACUUACUAUUAUGUGCUUUCCACCCGCUUCAAAAGUAGCCUGUCCAUUCUGUCAGUUAAGUAUUUAGUUAGAUUUUAGUGCUGAGUGCACACUUUUACUUGAGCAAGAAGACCAGGAGAGUGUCAACCACUUAGACAGUGGCUUCAGUUUAACACUGAUGUAUGUUUGUAUGUCUAGAGAAGUAGUGUGAACAGUUGGGAUUGCUGUGAUCACUCCUUCCCCUCAGUGUGAGUACAGAACUAUCAUGCUGCUGGCCUAUGCUGUGGAUUAGUGAGUAUAAUAAAAAUGACAUUGACACAACA